CAUUGAGAGUCGGGACGGGGGAGAAGUACAGUUACCCGGGGCAACGGGAGAGCGCCCGGGCCUCGGGCUGUCAGGCAGCGCUGCACCGGCCGCUUCUCAUUUAGACCCGGGUGAGAGAGGGAGGCCGGGCCGGGUCGGAUCGGGGCAGAUGAAGGGUCAUGAGGACUCGAAACGUCAACUCUUUUCUUCUCCGCCGAUGCUGCCAGACCUGCUGAGUUUUUCCAGAAUACACAGUGAUCAAAGUGAACAACUUUGAGGGCAAAAUAAUACAAGAGAUUUGCAAGGUGUAUGGUAUUGCCAAGAAUUGCAGUACUCCCAAUCGUCUAGAGGAUAAUUGACAAUGUGAAUGAUUCAGUCAUACUCUUCAUGACAGAUUGUGCACCCUAUGUCAACAACCAGAAAGGUUUAUUCAAUUAAGUAGAGCAAAAGAUUGGAAGAAUGUUCACAGUACGAACAAGUUUACUGUGCUUGUCACAAGCAUUAAAAGCAAACAUGGUGCGAGAGAGAGCCAUUUCAGUCUGUUUGGUGCAUGAGAACAGACACAAAUUAGCUUCUAUCCAGGCUAUCUCCAAAUUUAGUGAGAAGAAGCUAAACAGUAUUAUUUUUCCAUUCAAAGACUUGGAAAGAUACUUGGUCAAAGAUGUGAAUAAAAUGAACUUUCAAAUGUUUGCUCCAAGUUUUGAGGAUAUUGGAAAUGCAGAACGAUUCUUCACACCUUCAAAUAAACACUGCAUUGAUUAUUUCACCUCUGCUGUCAGAAUUGAUCACGCACCAGCAACAGCUCAACCAGAGGUGUGUUUUAUAGGCAGAAGUAACGUGGGAAAGUCUUCAUUGAUAAAAUCCUUGUUUUCCCUGGUUCCUGAUGUUGAAGUUAGAGUUUCAAAAAAUCCCGGACACACAAAGAAGAUGAAUUUCUUUAAUGUAGGUAAGGCAUUUACUGUCGUUGACAUGCCUGGUUAUGGAUACAGAGCCCCUUCUGAUUUUGUGGAAAUGGUAGAAAGCUACCUCCAGGCAAGACAGAACUUAAAGAGAACAUUUUUGCUUUUGGAUGCUUCAAUAGGAAUCCAAGAAGCAGAUCAAAUAGCAAUUGAGAUGUGUGAGGAAUUUGGCAUUCCAUAUGUUCUUGUAUUAACGAAGAUUGACAGACCUCAGCAGGGCAAUCUGCUGAAGAUAAUUCUCGGAGUACAAGAAGUGAUAGAAAAACAAACUUCAGGGUGUUUUCCUCAGCUCUUCCUUGUAAGUUCUUUGAACUAUUCUGGGAUUCAUCUGCUGAGAUGCUUCAUAGCUCACAUAACUGGGAAUCUUCAGAUUAAUGAGCAGACCUCCAGUUCUUUAAGAUCAGUGGGAAAUUCUACGAAGAUAUGAAAAUUGAUUUCAGAACAACACCAUGAGUCUACAAUAUCAAACGCUGACUUUAUUGUACUGAUCCACUGAAUGGAGAUUACAUGCAAAUUAAAAGGCAAAAUUAAGUUUGACCUAAUUAUCAUUACCUAUUCAUUGGAAAUAUUACAGACUCUAUCUUUGUGUAAUAUCUGUGCAGACUGUAUCUUUUCUGUUUAGAAAAUAGACCUAGAUCUGAUUGAUAUUUAAGUAACAUCACAUGGUAUUGUCUCUAAAUUGACUAAGCUUUGUAAUUCCUAGAACCUCACUCCAUUAUAAUUAUUCAAACUCCAUUGUGACAUAUUUUUAUAAAAUACUUCUGAAGCAUUCAAACAGUUGAGAUGUUGAAAGCUUCUUCCCAGCAAAUUACCUUUUAAUAUGCAUCAAGUAAGUGUGUUCACGCAGAGAAAGACAUUUAUUUCCAAUGGUAGGAUGUCUUAAUGCACUCACUACAUUCAAAUGUGAAACAAGGCUAUUCAAAUGCUAGUUAUAGUAAAGCAUCUUUGCAACUAGUCUUUUUAUGGUUGUAACAUCACUUUGACUGACAUCUUUCAGAAUUAUCCUGGUUUGUGUUUCCCGUAGGUAUACAUGUGGGUAAUCUGAAAGUGACUGUAGCAAAAAAAUGCAUCCACCAUCUUUUGAGCUUUCUGUUUUCCUCAGCUGACCAGCCAAAUGUUCACUCAAAAUUUACAGGUGCCUUAUAUUCCACUCUCAUAUAUUUUUGUUUUUCGUAGGAGUUGGUAAGAACAUUACUGCCUUAUAUAUAGUCAAACAAAUAUGGUUACAUCCCAAAAAUGAAUUAAUAAAUAUAUAUAUAUA